CCUCUUUUGAUGGACCAGAAUGCAACGACCGUCACGACUUCACCGUUAGAUUCUGCGCCGCCUACCAAGGAAGAUGCCAUCAAACAGCUUGCAAAUAUCGGCAGCGGCGAGGGGUCGGUGACCUCCCAGCUGCUCUCCAAUCCUUUCUUCACUGCAGGCUUCGGACUCGCGGCUCUCGGCGCCGCGGUACGAUAUGGCUCACAAGGACUACGCGCCGGUGGUGCACUCUUGCGACAGCGGAUGCUCGUCGAUCUGGAAAUAACCCGGCACGAUGUUUCCUACAAUUGGGUUCUCAACUGGAUGACGAGCCAUUAUCAAAAUCAACUCGCACCUGCCGCAACUCGUCCAAAGGCUGGCGUAAUUGAAGCUCUCGUACGGCGACUGACUCCUGGACUGCACCAUCUCCAAAUGGAGACAGAAACGGUCAAGACUGCAGGAGGUUCUCAAAAGACCCUAUUCUCCUUAAUACCCGGCCAAGGCAGACACAUCCUCCGAUACAGGAAUGCUUUCAUCGCAGUGAAUCGUCAACGAGAAGGCAAAAGUUUCGACUCAGCCGGUCGACCAUUCGAAACCAUCACCCUCACAACACUGUACUACUUCCGCCACAUUUUCGAAGACAUCUUCCGCGAAGCCCACCAAAUGGCCCUCCGCAACACCGAAGGCAAGACGGUCGUCUACACAACCCGCAAUGUAGGGUGGGAUCAAUCCGGUCAAGCGAAACGCCGACGACCAUUCAACUCCGUCGUUCUGGAGGAAGGUCUAGCCAACAAGAUCAAAUCCGACGUCCAAGAAUUCAUGAACGCUCGCGCCUGGUAUCUUGACCGUGGAAUCCCAUACCGUCGAGGCUACCUCCUCUACGGCCCGCCAGGGACUGGAAAAACCUCUUUCGUACAAGCUCUAGCCGGCGAGCUGGACUUCAACAUCGCCAUGCUCAGCCUCUCCCAGCGCGGAUUGGCCGACGACCAAUUGAACCAACUCCUGCUCAACGUCCCACCACGCACCAUCGUCCUACUCGAAGACGCCGACGCGGCAUUCAGUAAUCGACGGCAAGUUCAAGAAGAUGGCUACGCGGGUGCGAACGUGACGUACUCGGGACUGCUGAACGCUUUGGACGGCGUGGCAAGUGCUGAAGAACGCAUCAUCUUCAUGACAACGAACCAUAUCGAUCGACUGGACGAAGCAUUGAUCAGGCCAGGCAGAGUGGACAUGACGGUCGAGAUUGGUAAUGCGACGGUCUGGCAAAUGGAGCAAUUGUGGGAUCGCUUCUACAAGGAAUUGGAUGAGAGUGGGGAGGGCAAGAAGAGGUUUGUGAGGAGAGCAGUCGAGGCGGAUCUGGUGGGGAACGUCAGCACAGCGGCUCUGCAGGGAUUGUUUCUGUACAACAAAGGGAACGUGGAAGGAGCGAUUGAGAUGGUUGAUGAGUUGAAAGGCAUGCGGCGUGGAAAGUCGGUGGAGCAGAAGGGUGCUGGGAUGUAG